AACUAGCAACACUCACCAUUUUGGUCGAAAGUCAAAACUCAAAACAUUAAAUUGAUACGGCUUAAUGAAAAUAAUAUUAUUAUAUUUUUGUGUGAAAGAUAAAUAAAAUAUGGAGUUUAAUACAGAUACUUACGGUAAAUGCAGAUUUUGUAACACAACAGGACAUCACAGAGAUAUUACGAAAGUUUACAAUAUCGGAGGUGUACGCGAAGUGUAUUUCGAUAUUAUAUUGGAUUGUUUUAAUUUAUGCAUAGAAAUAAACACCGGAAAGAGUCUACUGAUAUGUUGUCAAUGUAUCCAACAGUUACGAGAUGCAAACAGCUUCAGAACUCUGGUGAUGAACGCCGAGAUUCAUCUGCAUGAUGGCCUCGGAAAUGAGAACACGGUUUUCAUCAACAGUAUGUCUGGUAAAAACCCUUUGGAUACCGAAGUAAAGUUGGAAAAUGUGAAGGAAGACAAUGAGAAUCUUGAAGUAAAUGACCAUGACAAUGGAGCCAUGACAAGUGAAAAGGAAACAAAACCUAAGUUAAAAAGGAAAUUUAUUUCUCUACAACAAAAAAUUGAUAUUUUGGAUCAGCUAAGUAAUGGCAAGAAAUUAACAGCAAUAGCAAAGGAUCUGGAGCUAAACGAGUCGUCAAUACGAACAGUUAAACAAAAUGAAAGUAAAAUUAGGAGUGCUGUGAUGUCUAGAUCGUUGCAGACCUUAAGUAAGUCGUCACGUGUGAAAGAUUCGCUAAUACCAAAAACAGAAAAAUGUUUGAUGAUUUGGAUAGAAGAUUGCAAUCGAAAUAAUAUUCCUAUAAAUAGUUCUUUAAUAAAAGCAAAAGCCCAAAAAAUUUUUACUCAUUUAAAAGAAUUGGAAACUGUUUCUUCCGACGAGCCGAAAUCAAAAUUUGUCAGUAGUAAUGGCUGGUUUGAAAGGUUUCGAAAAAGGUUUUCCUUGCAUAAUAUUCAGACUCAAGGAGAGCGCGCUUCAGCCGAUUAUGAAAGUGCUCGGAAAUUUAAAGAAGAACUUCCGGAGAUAAUUGAUGAAGGCGGAUAUACAGCUGACCAAGUGUAUAAUGCCGACGAAACUGGCUUAUAUUGGAAGAGAAUGCCUAAGCGAACAUAUUUAUCGAAAAACGAGAGAUCUGCUGGUGGGUUUAAGGCCUCUAAGGAGAGAAUAACCUUGCUUGUUUGUAGUAAUGCAUCUGGCGACCAUAUAACAAAGCCAAUGUUGAUCAAUCGUUUCUUAAGUCCACGGGCAAUGGAAGGCAUUGACAAGACUACACUUCCCGUUCACUGGAGAGCAAACGAAAAUGCAUGGGUCACAGCUGCUAUAUUUCACGACUGGUUUUACAACUGCUUUGUACCAGAGGUCGAAAAUUACUCGAAAACUAAAAAUGUCAGUUUCAAGGCUUUACUCCUGAUAGACGAUGCUCCGCAACAUCCAGUAGAUCUAGUUCAUCCGAACGUAAAAGUACUUUUUUUACCGCCCAAUACAACAUCCAUACUACAACCCCUUGACCAGGGUAUUAUGAAAACAAUUAAAUCUCAUUAUAUACGUAGAACACUUGAACUUAUAUCGGAAAAAUUUGAAUGCAAACCAGAUAUGAAACUAGCUGAGAUGUGGAAAGAUUUCUCAAUUUUAAAAUGUGUAGAAUUAAUAUUUCUAUCUGUUCGAGAGUUAAAGUCUUCGACAUUAAACGCCUGUUGGAAAAAUGUUUGGCCUGAAGUCGUUUUGCAAGAAAACUUGUUAGAUUCUACAAGUAUAAAUAUCGAACCUAUAGUAAAUAUUGCUAGAUCAGUGGGCGGAGAAGGAUUCGACGACAUGAACGAACGAGAUAUUUAUGAAUUAAUAAACGACGCUGCAGAUCUAGAUGAGGAAGAGCUUGGACAGUUAGCUGAUACAUCUGACGCGAAUAUGACAAAUAGUGCUGAAGAGAGCUCGAUGCAGAUUGUGGACGAAGGAGACGAACAAUGGGAACGAUGUACUGAAUUUAAAGUAAAUCCUCAAUACUGUCUUGCACCAUAUGUAAGAAUGCAGAAAAAACAUAAAAUAGAAAACGAAGAAUCGUUAGAUAGUGAAAUUUUAAUUAAUACAGACGAACAAGAAAAUAUGCUCUUAAGUAAAGAAUAUAAUAAAAAUUCGAAAGAGGGAAUAUGCCAUGAAGAUUAUGUAUCUGGCGAACUGGAGCUGCUGUCCCGGCAUAACGACCUUAAACCUUUGCCAUCUAGGGAGAGCCUUAAAUAUAUAUGCAAAAAAUAUUAUAAGGAAUUGGAGCUUUUGAAAGGACAGAUAAUAACAGCUAAAUCGAUAAAAAUCGAUAACACAGAUAGUGUUUCAAACAGAAUCGACCCCAAAUCAUUCGUGACAGAGAAGCUGGCUCAUAUAAACAACGUGACGACCAUACUAGAGAAUUGCAAUCUAACGGCAUUUAAGACUAAACGGAGAUAUGGGUAUAUUUGUUUCUACUGCAGCCGAAAAUUCGACAAGAUAGAACUCCUCACUGAUCACCAGGUGGAAGGUCAUUGCAAGGUCAGGAUCAAGUCAAUCAUCAGCAAGCACCCAUCAGACAGUCUAGCUGUGUAUGUCCACGUGGCGGACAUGAAGUGCUCCAUAUGCGACAAAAAACUACCAAACAUGAACGAACUGAAACAUCACCUGAUGGCAACACACAAGAAGAAGAUAUACACCGGAUACGGCGACAGGAUAAUACCGUUUGAACUCGGCAAGAACAAAUACGACUGCCAAAUAUGCGGCUCCAGUUACGAGACAUUCGGUGCUGUAGAGAGGCACAUGAAUGUUCACUACCGGAACUACAUCUGCGAUCAGUGCGGCGUUGGUUUCGUAACGAAGAACAGACUGAGGGUGCACAUAAGAUCGGCCCACGUCACCGGCAGCUAUCCGUGCGACGUGUGCGACAAAAUAUUCCAAGCUCAGCACAAAUACAAGAACCACGUUGACGUCACCCAUAGAAUGGUCAAGAAGAACAAAUGCCCGAAGUGCCCCGAGCGCUUCGCGGACUAUUUCCACCGGCACAAGCACAUGGUGGACGCGCACGGCGAAACGCCGUUGAGAUACAAAUGCAACGUAUGCGAAGCGCUGUUCAAACGCCGCUACGCCCUCUCCUGCCACACGAAGAGACGGCACCUGGAUAUGAGGGACGUCAAUUGCGAUGUCUGCCCCUACAAGUGCUAUACGAUAACCGAACUUAAAGCCCACAUGAUAAAACACAACGGCCAAAGGACUUAUGAGUGUAAUGUGUGCAAAAAGUCCUAUGCUAGGAAGAAAACUCUGAAGGAGCACAUGAGGAUACAUAAUAACGACAGGAGGUAUGUCUGCGCCGUCUGCGGACAGGGAUUCGUACAGAACUGCAGUUUGAAGGGACAUAUGAAGACCCAUCAUACGGAAUAUCUGAAUAAUCUGCCAAGAUAGUCGAAUCACUGAAAGUGAGAACACUGGAUAGUCUGAUCACUGGAUGGUAGGAAUGCUGGAUAGUCUGAUCACUGGAUGGUAGGAAUGCUGGAUAGUCUGAUCACUGGAUGGUAGGAACGCUGGAUAGUCUGAUCACUGAAUAGUAUGAUCACUGGAUAGUCUGAUACUGGAUAGUCUGAUACUGGAUUUUAAAAGGGCGCGAGGUGGGUUUACAGUCAGUUUUGUGAAAUGAGACACAAACGAUAUAACCAUGUUACUAAAGUGAAAAUAUGUUAUCUGUUAAAUUUAAACAGCUGUGUUACGACUUUUCGGAAUCUCGACAGUCCAAAACUUGAUGAUUAAUGAAAAAAAAAUAAUCUAAUAAAAAUACUUUGAUAAAAUAACAUCUUUUAUUUAUUACAACCGCAUCCGUAUCAUAACCCUCCAUGCUUGGCUCGCAUGUGACCCCUCCAGCUACAUUUCUGGACGAACCUUUGUCCGCAUACUUCGCAUUCGAAUCUACGAUCGUCCGCAUGUGUCCGCAUAUGCUCGCGGAGCGUAUUCAUCCUUCCAUACGACUUGAAGCACACGCCACAAGUGAACAACCUCUCGCCCGUGUGUUUGAGCGUGUGCUUCUGCAAAUCGCCGCGUUUAAAAAACGCCGAACCGCACUCGCCGCGUUUAAACGGACGCGACAUAAGAUGGAAUCUGAACGUGGCGUUGUAACGAACGCUGGCUGUCACAGUUCUAUUACAGGCGUUGCAUUCAUAUAAAGUUUUGGGUGCAUCGUGCAUCAAAACUUCAUGUUCGUUCUUUUUAACUAGAUCCGUGAACCUCUGCCCGCAAAAUAUAUUCUAUAGUUCAUGAUGUCAGGUAAAGUAAGGUGCUAAAUAAGUGUUAUUAAUGUUUACCGUUAUUGAAAUAAUCAUUCAAACUCUGUUCCGACAUCUGCAACCUGUUUUUGAACCGAACGGACUGUCUCAGACUUAUUAUACAUGAAGCACAGAUGUACUCCAGUUUAUCUGUAUCUGAUCGUGGAUCCCACUGAAAUUUAAAUACAAAUUCUCAUUAUAUUAUAUUAAUCGUAAAUUUGUAUACAAUAAAUUAAUUUAAGUAACUGUCCUAAAAAUAUAGUCGUAUUAUUAAGUGAAGCGAGUGGAACGCUAUACUGGCGACUACAGUUCAUUCAUCCGCGGAGAUGAUCUCGGCAACCGAACGUACGAUCGAAACGAGGUUAUUAGUUCGAUGGACCAGUUAUCUAGAAAGAUUUUUAUCAGAAAAAUAUUAGAUCGCACCGCCAUUUCAAUUUCAGUGCCGGAUAGCGGAAGCCAUGUCCAAAAAAUGUUACGGCACGGUAACGCCGAGGUCGUUACACUCGACUCGGCUCCAAACUAAAAAAUGCGAAGGUGCAUCUCCUAGUUUGUGAAUGUCAAUAAAAGUGCUAACAAUAAAAUCUAUUAUUACGAUACA